AUCUCUUCUCACUGUGCCAGUUACACUCCAUCAAGAAGCAGCAAUCUGGAAAGAGACAGAAAAGAGAAUCAGGAGGAUAUUUGUUGAUCUGCUUAUCUUUUUGGAUGCUGCCUUCUGCCCUCCCCAUUGUGCAGAGAGAAAGAAGACAGUCUCGUGAACAAGUGGAAGAGGGAGAGUGCACACGCAGGCAGGGGGAGCGUAGCAACCAGACUCUACCAUGAAGAAGAGCCAGGAGCAUCAUGCUCAAAAGCCAGUCAUUCCAGACUUGUUAAUGACUCCUAGUGAUCAAGGAGAUGGUGACCUAGAGACUGAAUAUCCCGAAGAGAGAGGAAAUUGGACAGGCAAGCUGGAUUUCCUUUUGUCCUGUAUUGGCUACUGCGUUGGAUUGGGGAAUGUUUGGAGAUUUCCAUAUCGUGCCUAUACAAAUGGGGGAGGAGCAUUCCUCGUUCCUUAUUUCAUUAUGUUGGCUAUAUGUGGGAUCCCCAUCUUCUUCAUGGAGCUGUCACUAGGCCAGUUCUCAAGCCUGGGGCCUCUUGCUGUUUGGAAGAUAAGCCCACUCUUUAAAGGUAUUGGUAUGGCCACAAUCCUGAUUGUCUCCUUGGUGGCCAUUUACUAUAACAUGAUCAUUGCCUAUGUUCUCUUCUACCUCUUUGCCUCGUUGACAAACAACUUGCCUUGGCAGUACUGCGGCAACUGGUGGAAUACAGACCUGUGCCUGGACCACCAUGUCAUGCACACAGGGAACAGUGCUGUCCCUUUCAACACUUCUAACACUGUCAGUCCGAGUGAGGAGUACUGGAGCCGUUAUGUCCUCCACAUCCAAGAGAGCUCAGGAAUUGGCGAUCCUGGGAGGAUUCGUUGGAAUCUCUGCCUCUGCCUCCUCCUAGCUUGGGUCAUUGUGUAUCUUUGCAUCUUAAAAGGAGUCAAAUCUUCUGGCAAGGUUGUUUAUUUCACGGCCACAUUUCCUUACCUCAUUCUGAUCAUGCUUCUGAUUCGUGGGGUGACCCUUGAAGGGGCAUGGUUAGGAAUCAAGUUCUAUCUCACACCCCAGUUUGACCUCCUACUGUCUCCCAAGGUGUGGAUUGAAGCAGCUUUGCAGAUCUUCUACUCUCUUGGGGUAGGAUUUGGGGGACUUCUGACCUUUGCAUCAUAUAAUACCUUCCACCAGAAUAUUUACAGGGAUACAUUUAUAGUCACCGUGGGCAAUGCUGUUACCAGCAUUUUGGCUGGCUUUGCCAUCUUUUCUGUUUUGGGCUACAUGUCCCAAGAACUUGAUGUUCCUGUUCAGGAAGUUGCCAAAGCAGGUCCAGGGCUGGCGUUUGUAGUGUAUCCUCAAGCCAUGACAAUGCUUCCUCUUUCUCCUUUCUGGUCUUUCCUCUUUUUCUUCAUGCUGUUGACUCUUGGCCUGGACAGUCAGUUUGCCUUUCUAGAGACCAUUGUUACUGCAGUGACCGAUGAGUUCCCAUAUUACCUGCGACCAAAGAAGGCUUUUUUCUCGGGCAUCGUUUGUGUUGCAAUGUUUCUAAUGGGGCUCAUUCUCACAACGGAGGGUGGAAUGUACUGGCUGGUGCUGCUGGAUGACUACAGUGCUGGGUUUGGGCUCAUGGUGGUGGUCAUUACUACCUGCCUGGUAGUGACACGUGUUUAUGGCAUGAGAAGAUUUUGCUGUGAUAUUCACAUGAUGCUGGGUUUCAAACCAGGGAUAUACUUUAGGGCCUGCUGGUUGUUCCUGUCUCCAGUAACAAUGAUGGCCCUGCUUGUGUACAGCAUUAUCAAGUACCAGCCUUCAAAGUACAAUGGCACUUACUGCUUUCCAUUUUGGGCUGAGGCUCUGGGCAUCCUAAUGGGGAUCUUCUCAUGCCUGAUGAUCCCCAUGGGGAUGGUGUUUGCUGUGCUCCGAGAAGAAGGGACGCUCUGGCAAAGAAUCCAGCAAGCUAGCAGACCAACAAUGGAUUGGGGUCCUUCUCUGGAGGAGAAUAGAACUGGCAUGUAUGUGGCCACCCUGGCAGGUAGCCCGUCUCCUAAACCUUUGAUGGUCCAUAUGAGAAAAUAUGGAGGAAUAACUAGCUAUGAGAACAUAGCCUUUCAAAUUGAUAAAGAGAUUGAAGAGGAUGAAGAAGAAUCUAUGAUAUGAAGACACAGUCUAUUCACAUCAAGUGAUGGAAGGUAAAGAGUCUGUGGGGAAUAUUCUGCACAACAUUGCACUUUGGCACAUCAGUCCACUCAGCAGUCUGUUUCCAGAUGCAGCCAAAGAUUGCCUGUUCAGAAUCUUAUAGCAGUGCACUCCGCUGAAAAUCCCAAUGUUGUUGAGGUUUCUGUUCAAUGUGACAAGAUGUGAAAUGAGCUUGUCUUAGUGCUUUAGUGCCUGAUACAGGCCACCCAUCCAUGUUGUCCCUUGCUGCUGUCACCAGUGAUGGGUUUCUCAAUUCAGGAUGAGUAUAUUGUAUGCUAGCUCCUUCUUGUAUUGAUCCAGCCUAUUUUCCUCUAGCCAUGUGCUUGUACUUCUUUAUCUACAAACGUCAUUGUUCUAUAGAAACAUAGGUUUCUUUAUCCAAUGGAUCAAUUCUCACAAAUCUUCCAUUGUUCUACCUUCUGUGGCUUAGUAAAUGGUAAUUUUGCAUAGUGCCUAAGGAGUUUGAAAGUAGCCUAUGAAGUGUAUUGCUUCUAGAAAGCCAGAGACCUUGAAAAUUUGUAUGAAUUACUGUACAAGAAAAUCUCCAAUAUCACAAUUAAUACUAAAAUUCCAGACCAAAUACUCUGAUUUCUAACUCUAAGAUAAAUUAAAAGAUAUAGAGGUGUUGUGUGGUGACAGGGCCAUCAUAAAAUUCAUUGGAUAAUAUAUUCGGUACUGGUGUGGACUUGUAGAAGUUAGAAAUAACUAACUUAAUCUAGGGCUCUCUCUUCUUUUGAGGAUUGACACAGUCCAGGAAAAGAAAAUGGAACGGGGAACCAGAUUAAUACUAAGGAAAGAAAUAUCUGCACUAGGAAGGUUAGGCUGACUGGAAAAUAUCUUUCACAUGAAGAUACAUUACAAAAUAAUAACAACAACAACAACCACAACCAGCAGCACCAACAUUUUUACCAAUUGUCUGUGAGGUGCCCAGACAUGCUGACAUCUAUAUAUAAAGGGGUUAAUUUAUAUCUUUAGAGUCUCAUAAAUCAUCUCUGAAAGCUGUAGGAAUAGGAGCUCAACCUCAAGUAUACUAUGCACAUUCAUGCGACGUGUUAACACCAAGAGUUCAUACAUUCACUAUGUAUGAAAACUACACUAUGUGUGAUUAUAGAAAGCUACUUUAUACUGAGUCUGUCAGGUGGUCUAACUCCAUAUUAUCUGCACUAACUGGCAAUAGGUCUUCAGGGUUUCAGAGAACAUGGGACUUUUAAUAUGCAAAAAAGCUUGUGCUCCAUCAGUGAUUUUUUCCCUGUAAGAAACUGCUUUAUAGAAUACCAUUAAGUCAUCAUUGUUACCUAUACUAAGUUGAAUGACCCUACAAUGUUUCUGAUGCAAGACUUUCCCAGUUCAUACCUGGAGAUGACAAAUUUCUUGCCUACAAAGCAUUACCCAUAUAACUUCUUUUCUUUCUGAGGAAUGACAGUAUCAUAAACUGGAGAUAGUUUUAGUUGGCCAUAUGUAUAAAGCUUUAUAUCGGGGUAUAAUAUAGAAAAGUUAUGGUGGGAUGGCUGGCUGAUUGGAUGGAUGGACUGACUAAUAAAGGAAUGGUUGCAUGGUACAAUAUGCUCUUUAGUUCAUUACGGAAACUUGUUGGCUGGACUAUUUUUCUUAAGAUGCUGACAUUGGCUUGUGCUGAAACCAGUUUCUAAUGGGAUGUAAAACUUACACCAUUACCUGGAAUACAUUCAUUGCAUUGCACAUAUAGCAGAAGAGAAGAUCAAAUGUUCUCUUUAGCAUUGUUCAUGAAGACAGCUAGAAUAAAAGACAGCUAGUAUGAGAUGCUGGUAUUGCUAGCACUACCAGUUCUUAUGAAAUCAUUCCUCAAGAAGCAUUUUACAGUAAAACCAGGAAAUAUCUCCUAUGAAAUCUUAGUUUUAAAUAUGAGGAACUGCUGUUAUUUCAUAAAGCAAUGAAAUCAUGCUAUCAUUUUUACAACUCUGAAAAAAUGCCUAUCUGAAUAAUUUUAUCAGCAAAAGUGAAACAUAGACUGGAGUUUGUCCAGUUGUGAUAGUCAAAGGGUUUUCGAUACAGGUAGUCAUGAAGGAGGAAUAUUUUUUCCCUAACAGUCCUUUUUCUUAUUCUUUCUUAAACCUGGAUGAGACGAGCAACAGGUUAUCAACAAGUAUUAAACCAUUACUAUGGCAACCAUAAAUAUAGUAUUUGUUUUUUGUACGAUCAUAUAUUCAAGAAAAGGAGGCUGUUGCUGGACUUAAAAGCCAAAGUCAAAAACAAGUGAGCAAAUUUAAGAUGUUGCUAAAAACAAUUGGUGAAAAAUUGAAACAAGAUAUCUUGGUUCCAGCUGUCUACAGACUGGCCCCAGAUCUUUUCUAGCACAAACGCAAAUCUUCCUUGGAGGCUUUGUUCCUGACACUGCCAACAACCUUGCAUUUAGAUUUCUUUGUAAGAAAACUAACAAAGAAUGUAGAUUUCUGAAAAUCUUGACAUACUUUUUAACCAGCUCCAUUUUAGGUUUUGAAAAUAGAUAAAUG